AUGUCAUUUUUUGGCGGUGGGACAAGUGUUUUUGGUGCUACCUCUACCGCAACUAACAAUGCUGCUGCUCGUGCUAAGGACUUAGAAGUUCAGUCGCCUCCCACAGACGCAAUAUCUUGCCUCAGGUUCUCGCCUGGUGCGAAUGCCACAAGUAUAUACUUGGCGGCAACCAGUUGGGAUAAUCGUGUUCGUGUAUGGGAAGUUAUGGCCAAUGGAAAUACUGUUCCGAAAGCUGAGCAAAUGCACCAGGGUCCGGCCCUAAGCGCAUGUUGGAGCAACGACGGCACGAAGUUAUUUUCAGUUGGAGCUGACAAAUGCGCCCAGAUGUGGGACCUGGCAUCAAACCAGUUCGUGCAAGUAGGUGCGCAUGACGCACCGAUAAAAACGGUUCACUUCAUCUCAUCUGCAAAUUACACAUGUCUGAUGACUGGCAGUUGGGACAAGAAGUUAAAGUAAGCCCAGUUUUCCCGUCCUUCAUCCGCAGAUGAUUUACGUUAUGGAUUUUGGAUUUUCUGUGCAAGUAGUUAUUGCGGUGUCUACCUAAUCUUUACCCUCAGUGGUCCUGUUUUUACGUUUUCCAGGAGCGUCUUCUCUGUGUUUGUAAAACAGAUUAGAGCUUACACACUCACUGCCAUCGCAGCGAAAGCUCUGGAUCGUUGGUACCACCAAUUCUUCGGAAAUGACGGCGAAUUGAACAGAAGUCACUACUAAAUUACCGGGCGAUUGAAAGUGCACUCGACUAGGACCGCAUGGUAGUCAGUCUGACUAAACGGUAGAAUUUCUAUUGUGGUGUGUAAAGCCUGUAGAUUCCUACCAUAUAAUAUGCGCAAGUUUUAGUUAACAGUGAAGUGGGUCACCAGAUUCGCAUUUCAACGGUUGAUUUCAGCCAUGUGAUACAUAGCUGCAUGCCGCAUUUUCACUCCUUAUUCUCACCUGAUCGCCUAGGUCCUUGCCACAUUGAAUUCUGCUUUAAUGGGUGUUUUUGGCAGAUUCGAGUUAUCCAUCUGAUCCAGUGGGAAAAAACUCGGCGACCUGAGUGGGAUUAGAAUCUCAGACAGUAAGGAUAUAGACAUGAGUACAGCCAGGGCUCUAACCGUCAGAGUUACAAGGCCUUAAUCGAGUGCUGAGUUUAAUGACAUUUGAGUAAAGUUAUUCGUCCAGCCGACUGCAUAUUUUGUAACCCACCAAUUCGGAUGUAGUCAGCAGACAGCUCAAGUAGGCAUUCCUAAUCAGUCCGUACAGAAUCCACCAAAUGACUACCAGGCUCAUUGACUUAGUGGGUGUUUUGGCACAUUUGUAUAAUUCAUCUGGUUAGUUUGUGGGUGCUGGUCGUAAUCAGGCCUCGCCUUUGAUGUUCUGGGUUCUAGCCUCGUUGGGGCCGCAGAGUUCUUCACAGUUGGGUUCGAAUUAAUUACGCUUUUUGAUAGGGUUUAACAUACCCAACGCUCCGCAGACGCCAUUGGUGCGUCGCCGUUUUCUCUUGAGUCAAAAUACAUGGCCAAUAGUAGCUAAACCAAGUGUAUUUCUGUCAAUGGAACUCAUAAAGCUUACUUCGUGAGCGCUAGUUCACACAUUACAUCCUAAUCCUUGUGACCAUCAGAAGAAAAAACAUGAAACUGUACGAGGCUAUAGCUGAAAACAUCGUGUAGCACGGCCGCGAAGUAUAUUUUUGCGUGCUACUGACUUGAUUUCGUACGUCAUGUCCGAUGGAUGUUCUUUCCUCUGAAGAACCGUAUCCGAAUCUAUGAGUCUCUUGCUUGUGGCACAAUGAAAGCUCGCAACUGAGGAGAACUGGGCACCCUUUCUGUCGGCCUGAAGUUAAUGUGGCUUGCCACAAUGUUUACUCACUCGUCGAUGAAGCGUGUGCACACUUCUUUUGUGUGGAAGCAGGUGAUCUCUGGCAAAGAGUGUGAUCGUUUGUAUUCUAUGGACCAUCGUACCAGUUGACCGUUGCGCUAGCGACUGACCAGACCAUCGGAGAGGGAGGAGGGGUCGUUCGUUCACCUCGUCCAUGCUGAUGUGCAUGUCGGGGACGAUCGAACUGGGUUCGGCCUUGAAGUACUUGUUUCUUGUACUUGAUUUGGCCUCGUUUAUGAUGACAAAAGUGCUGAUGUAGUGCAUCAGAAAUGUGUACUGGCACAUGAGAUACGCUUGCAUUUCGAGGCAAUUCCAAUGAUCAACCCAGAAAUCGGUAACUCACUAACGUGCAUUUUUAAGCGCAUAUUUGACCCAAUUGAAUGGGAAAAGAUACCCGGUAGAGUACUUCCCGAGUCCCACGAGGCUCCGAACUCUAGACUUCCCGUUGACCCCAUCGUAAUGGUCAUAUAAUGGGCCGUUUGUUACCCCGAUCGCUAGUGUCCGGGCUAUGGAAGUGAAUGGGAGUCAAACUGAGGGACACCAUUCUCAUCCCUGAUCCUAUCUUGAUGUCUUUGAGUCGUUCUAGGAGUUGUUCAGAUGGUUGGACCGUUGUUGAUGAACCCGAAUUUAGAGACUUCACUUUGUAGAACACUAUUCUCAGCACCGUACGUCGGUGUCGCUUGAAGUGAGGUGAGUGGUCUGAGAGGGAAGGUGACCUUGUGAAUCAUUGGCAACCAAUAAAGUCGUGCCUUAGCUACUGCUUUUUGUUUUGACAUAUACCAUUCUGUGUUUUGCGAACAUUCCUAUGUUACACUUGAAAAGUCAGAUCGGCAAACACAUGUUUUUGAUAAUUUAUCACCAGUAGCUAUAAGGGUAGCGAAUACUGUGCUAUAUUGUCAGAAGACGUUGACAGGCGCUCUGUCUUCCGUGACCGACGCUGACCCUAGAUGCUUAUCGCACGCCGCUCCAACCCCGCUGAUGACAGUGGUGUGUACUUCACGUACUCGACUUACUGACAUCCCUCACAGCCUGUCACCCCGUGCUCCCAACGGCCAUAACACGCCGACCUCGUCAUGCGGGUGGCGCGGGAAAGAUGUAUGGUACUAACCGCCGAGACACGUAUAAACCCUGUGAACCCUGUUAUACGUUACUGUAUGGGCCAGAGGAUGAAUGAUCGAAAACUCAUGUUUGUCAACUUGACUUUUCAAAUAUAUCAGCCUGCUCUGAUGGUUUUGCAUGGAACUUCUCCGCCCGCGAAUUAUCAAGGGUAUGUUGGAGUAAGUCAAAGGCGGUCAAUGCCGCCUUGUCCGGUCAUGUCUAUGGACAACAAAAAGUAGGGUAUCCAGGGCCCGUCGCUGAUUUGUGCAUUUACAACAAAAAUCAGACUGAACAAUAUUCGUGAUCGUUGUUUCUUUAAUCUAGGGACGUAUCUAGUAAGAGCUACGUACUGCCCUCUUGACGACAGAGGGAAGGACCUCGUUUGAAUUAGAAACUAAGCUACUGAGUUGUACGGUUCCAUAAAUUGAUCGAAUUUUCACAAAUGCCCUGUCAUGAUUGCAGCUGUUUUAGGGCUUUCGUGUUUUGUAGCGGAGGGGAUAAUAUACCUAGCGUUUAUGAAUUUUCAUGGGCCUCUGUUCCUCUGUUAACACCCGAGGCACUUCUUCUGCGACAUGCUGUCUUCUGAAGCCAGAAAAGAGUUUGUCUGUAGACUGCGUGCAUGUAAGAAAUGAGAACCCACGGCCUGUAACAAAGUCUAGUUGGGUGAUUCCGUGCACUCGUUGAUGUCCAGGAACUCCAAAUGCUUUGCUUGGUAGUACUGGUGGUCACCAUAUACGCCAUGUUUUAAGACUAUGCCUCAGCAACCUAAAGACCGCUAACCCUCAUGGCGAACAACUGCGCCACGACCGCCUUGAAAAAUAAGUCAUUGCCGUAACCAUCAGAACCACCGCCACAAUCAGUAUCACGACGACCACCACCAUAGCCUUCACAGCCCCCAUCACCACCACCUCGUUACAGAUGGCAAGUAAGGCCUAUAAGAGUUAAAAAUCUGCACCGAAGCCGAGUAUGGGUCGUUGCAACCGGGUGUCAAUUUCUCCAACGCCCCCAUCGACUAUGUCAGCAACGGUGCGCUGUCAUUUUUAUCCCGUUUUGUCCAAGUAACAACGGGCUAAGAGGAAAAAAGAAAGUAGUUCUUAAUGUCUCAGCGCAAAAAAGGCAGUUAAUAAUAUGUGUUACCAAGACGGUUAUUCAAAAACACUCGAAUCGCCGCGAAAAAUCUGCAGAGCUCAUGGAGAAACACUAAAAAGAGGACGCCAGAAAGAGUUUUUGAGUCUUGAAAGUUCUUUUUUACUGAUUACGAAGCGUCCGCAAUCGAGAUCUUCGUGAAUGGCAAGAGAAAAUGGACCUCCUCGGCUACUAUACCUAUAGGAGAUACGACAAAUUAAACAAAAGCCAACGAUUGUCUAUUUGGGAAAUGUCGUCUCCCAUAUCUCAUCGUGGACUAGAUAGAGCGUGAGGUUUGUUUCACCUCCCAGAAGACGCUGACCGCCCAGGGGCUGGCAAGUGGCAAAACUUGACCGAUAUUGCUCAACUGCCGAAGGCCUUGAAGCCGGUGUAUAUAGAUAACUUGUUUGCAGACUGUAACACAGUAGUUACUGGAAAAGCACCAGAGAGUAAAACAUGUCCGCUGCGUUCUCAGCCGCCGCCACAAUAGAACACUCGUACGAAACUUCCCCUUACAACAAGCAGGCCACACCGACUUCCCGUACUAUGAUUCUUCUGUGACUCCGGCUUGGUGUUAGGUGAAUGGAGCAUUCGAUUAAUCGUCUGCGAAACCCGGGUUUGGACACGCUGAUCCUUUCUACCAUUUUCAUCGCUGCCUCUGAGCGGCCUUCCUGACUUCAGUGGACCUACUGCAACUCACAGAGACGGUUUCCCACCAAAAACGUUAUUUAUCACAGCAACCGUCAAAGCCACCAUUCUCCCAUUCUUGCUCCCCACUGCAACAAAACCCAAACACCAGAAUACCACAUAAGCCAUCUCCAGUGCAAAUGCCAUCAACUGCUCGGCCACCGCUUCGAAUAACACCGGGCCGCGAUCAUGAAAUUAGGUUACAUUAUCAACCGGGAGGCGUGGGCAAUAGGUGUUAGGGCCUUUUCGGGUCUGCAGUUAAGUUUUCCAUGGGACCUUGUGCGGGGAUUCCCCAGAACUCCUGAUUGAUUCAGAAGCGUUCGACGAAUUCUCCACCAUCAAAAAACCGCUGCACUAACCACGAUUGCGGGGAAUAGCGACUGAGACAUUGCAAUAGACAACAGAACCAGGGACCGCUGGGAGUAAUAUCAGCACCAUCCAAGUACGGGCAAGCAGCACUAUCUCAACGAACAUCGCGCCUGUUGACACAGCACCUGCUAGCGCAAUUUGUGCCGUGACUGCAGGUUGUCCUCUGUGCAUGAUCUGGACCACCAUUACUUCGGAAUGAGCAAUGGCCUACAAGUGAAUUGAGGAGAAACUUGCGCAACAUUGUAUUAAAGACGACUAAAUUUGAGAUUGACCACAGUGUCUAGCCUGGUGCUCAGCGCUGCCUUAUGCUUGCUACACCUCUACUUAUUCCCCACACCGUCUGUACAAAAAUUUACCCACCUUUAUGUUUGUCCGCCGAAGUUUUUGUGGCAACCAUAGUUUUGCGAGGAACGACCGCAGCCCGGAUUUCGAUUUCAAACACCAGUCUGUAGCUUUGAUCGUGAUAGUUUACCUGCGUCAACGCAACUCUUUAAGCCACCUGAACCCGUCACCACAGCCACAAUCAAGACUACCGACAGCAUCAUCAGAACCGAAGCUGCUGAUCGCCUUGUAAGGCUGCCAACAUCCUCAUUGCUGUCUUUUACUCCCAAAACCCCGAUUUACACCUCCGCCAGAAACACAAAAACCUCAACCAAAAGCACUAUCACAAAAACCAGUACAAGCAGCAUUACUUCCACCAACCAUCACCGACACCCGACGCAAAUGCGAAAAGGACGUUGACCAGCACUUUCGUUGCUUAUUGCUUUAACCUCUCCGUUCACCUGCCUGCAAUUUCGCGUUAGGAUGUGUAAACUAACAAACUGCAGUCUGAACCCUGAUUAUGAGACUAGCAGAUGAGAGAUUUUGACACUUCGCCCUUAUUAAUGGUGUUAAAGCCAGUCUAAGCAUGUCUCGCAUGCAGUUGGCGGUUUCCUACCCAGUUUAAAACGAUAUAAUAUUAACUGGUGCCGUACAGGGUCUUUGCAGCGAAGAGUUGGGCAUCCAAUUCGUUCUCAUCUUCCAAUGAAUUCCCCUGGCGACCUUUCGCCUGACUCCAAACCUUUCUUCAUUUUCAGGUUUUGGGAUGCCAGACAGGCAAACCCAAUGGCCGUCAUUGAUCUGCCAGAGAGGGUGUAUUGCGCAGAUGUCACCUUUCCGGUGGCUGUCGUUGGUGUUGCUGGCCGGCAGAUACUUGCGUAUAGUCUGGAGAAUGGACCAACAAUGGUUUCUCAGAUUGAAUCUCCUCUCAUGUUUCAGGUGAGAUUUUCCUCAUCUUUAUGCAAGUUUAAGUCCGCUCAAGUAUUCGUUGGUUGGUAACUUUCCAUACCUACGACUAUUACCUAACCGUGCUGGCUAAUAUUGUGCCAAACUUCUUACGGCGAAUAACGGUUUCGCAAGAUCGGCCUCACUCUCAUUUUUCUCUCAUAAGUGACAACGUAGCGCCCUGCAUAAUAGAGUUUAGAUCACCUUCACCGCUGCCGAUCAGACACCUCGCCCCCCCCCCCUCCCGCAUGUCAUAUACGUGUUUGGCUUCUCUCUAGGUCCGACGCAAUAACAUGGCCCAUUUUCAGCUCAAGAAAUAGUGUUAGCCCUGUGACGCUGACACGCUUCCUGCUUCUUGCGCCCUUUUUAUUGACUUCUCCGCGUGCCCAGUUUCUCACUUGUUCAGCACAUGUUCUUUAAAAUUUCGAAGUAUCAGUAGUGUUUAACAAAAUCUGAUGAUUUUAAACCACCCAACGGAGUUUUUCCAACCGUUUGUAUUCAUGCGGUUUCAUUUACUUCACCGUCCUUUUUUGUCUUUCGACGCUGUUUGUCCCAGAAUCGCUGUAUCUCCAUCUUCCUCGACAAACAAAAACAAUCCCCGGUGGGUUUCGCCCUUGGCAGCAUCGAGGGCCGUGUCGCCGUUCAUUAUUUUCAACCGGCUUCUGCCAGGGACAAUUUUACCUUCAAGUGUCACCGCUCUGUUGCCCCCGUGAAUGGCUACUACGAAAUCUAUGCGGUAAGGUGCCCUCCGACUUACAAGCUUUGAACUGAUUUUCCCAACCAAGGGUCUCUUAACCAUCCCUUCACAUUGCCCUUUUUUUCCCUUGGGAUGUCUUGACCGUCUGGAAUGGAUACAACACCUACCGUCGUGCCAAGCGCUCUAAUCAGCUGAGCUAUUAGGGUCUUUCUUUUGGUCAUGCAUUGAUUUAUCCUCACUUAUUUCAGACUGUCAAGGCGAGCUGGGAUUGGAAGAUGAACAAGCAGUUUGAUAUAGUUGGUUAUUUUAGUACCGGAAAACCACUUUUUGGUGUUGCAAACUGUUGGGAAUACCAAACUUACACACAGAGAAAGCUGGCGGCCUGGGCCUACUGGCUCUGGUCUUCUCAUAUGUAAUUAAUCCACUCCAACUAUGGUUGCUGCUUAUUACGCUCGCGGACAUACAACAUUGUCUCGUUGAUAUAGGUAAUUCUGUUUUCUUAUUAAAGUAGCUUAACUAUGGCGCGGUCUACCUCGUCCAUCUCGGGCACGUCAACGGCGAACAAUGACGUCCGCCAUGUGCCCCAGACGUGGUGGCCUCAGGACGGUGACUUGCGUGUGAACUAGUCUAUAGUGAUGGCAGAUUUUCGCAGUAUCUUCCGCGCCAUCUCCUCCCUCGCCCACCCGACCUCGAUGGCGAGACAGAGUCAGGACGGCCAAAGUCGGUCUCGGGCGCAGUGGCUAACAAGGUUAAACGCGCUGUCUACGCAUGCCCCACACACGCCUGGUCCGGCAUGAUGGACCAGGUUUUCACAGGAACAAGAAGCGGUCAGUUCGGAUUUCACGUGCGUAAGAGUGCCAUAGGGGCCUAUUGAGUCCGACUCUGUCCUGAGAAGACCGAGUUACGCAAUCGGCUGGCAGCCCGCCAAGACACAACUUUUAACGCGUCAUGAUAAUUUCAAAACACGUCAAACGUUUUACAGUGAGGGAUACGCCGAAGUGCCGCGUGAAUAAACCCUGUCCGAGUGGGUCAGUCAUUGAAUGGUAGGAUUGGGAGCAGUGGCCGGUGCUGCGUGAAAUCUGCUUCCAGGCGCUCUACCGCACCCCCCCCCCCCAUGUGUGGCAGCAGUUAUUGGACUCGCGCGGACUCUGCGUAGCCCGAUUACCGCGUGCCUUAACUGGAUAUGGCUCUCGUUUGGGUUCCGCACAUCUGCAGCGCGGCCUUUUGUAAGGACCCACGACACCGACCAGCAGCAUGGUAGCAGUGGUGACUUUCGCCAGGGCUAGGCUAUCAGGAAGGGAACUGGCUCUGCGUCGAAGCCUAUCUCUACCCGCUCCAAUCGUGUUCCUACGGCAAGAAUGCGUCGAGACGACUGCAAACGGGCUAUACCGCAGCCGACGUGCGCUGCAACAGGGCUCUGCUUAUGCUGAUUUCACACACAUUUGUUGGCGGUAGAGAGGCACACUCUCAUCUGGGGAAGCGACCGCUAGACUGAAUGUUGCGCACAGCACGGCUUCCUUGGGUCAAAAACGAAAGCUGGGGAAUUAGCCAGUGUCAGGAAUGAGCACCUUAUGUGACGGCUCCUUCUGUAUGACUUUCCUUCUAUCACUGUGACCAUCCCCCCGUGCGUCCCGUAUCCCCCCCUAUCUCUCACACCCACACAGAACAUACAUUCAUCCCGUCUAGAGAUGCUUAUAACAAACCUGUAGACUCCUUUUGUCUGCUAUUUUUUUAAUCACAAAAUAGUUGUCUCCUCCUUUUUCGCCCUCGUGGGACAUUUAUAGAUAUAGGAACUCUGCACCACCGUUGCAAUUGUAAUCAGAGUCACCUUGAUAGCUGCCUAUACCUUUUUUCCUUUUUUUCUUUGAGCCAUGGUGUUUGAAGUAUGUUAAGGUGAAUGAGACCAACCACUUUGGUUCCGAGUAGUGAAUGCUUCUGCUAGCGGACGUCUUUAUUGUUUGUGAACAGGAGUUUGCUCCCUUCAGCACAGCGUUCCAAGAAGAGCGCGUGAAAAGCGUACAUACUGUCAUCAGGAUCCUGCUUGGGCAGUCAACUUACUUUAUCAAAUUUGGUGGAUUCCAGACGUUGCAGUAGGUUGGGCGGGUAACUCGAUCCAAAUGUGAUUAAACUCGCGUUGUCCGGCGGGGCCUCGUAGCUCAGGUGUUUAGAGCGUUGGCUGUACUAAAGCCUCCCCUUACUGCGUGGGUUCGAAUCCCACCGAGGCGUCGAGUUUUCCACAGUUGGGCCAAUAUGAAAGCUAUUGUUCUGGCGGCAUUAACUUUGUAAUUUCACAUUCUCUGGACUAAUUUCUCAUAAAAGCACACUAAUUUUACUACUGUACUUUUCAAGUAGGUACGUGUGUUUCUCCCAAUAGGUAAAUGACCUGGCCUUCCACCCUGUCCACGGCACCCUUGCCACAGUUGGUUCCGACGGUCGGUACGCCUUCUGGGACAAGGAUGCACGAACAAAGAUACGUGGUCUGGAAAAUGCAGAACUGCCACUGACCUGCUGUGCAUUUGACUCCAAGGGCCAGCUCUUUGCCUAUGCUUCUGGAUACGAUUGGUCCAAAGGCCACGAAUAUGCCGACCCCUCUAAACCAAACAAGAUUUUCCUGCGUCAGUGUUUUGAUGAAAUGAAGCCGUCACUUAAAUCCGGUUGA